AUGGCUGCACAGCGGUCCCAUGUUAACCAAAAUGGCGGAAAUAGUUUGGACGAUGCCACAGCAAAACGAAACGAAAAUUUACGAAAACUUUUUCAAGCGAGCAAAAAAGCAACAAAGGCCACAAAGUUGCAACGUGGCUAUAGUGAAGAAGGAGUUGCGAAAUUUAACUACAACAGUACCACAGCACUGCACAUCAGCCAGAAGGAUGUUUCAAACUGCGACAGCUAUGAUGAUAAUAAUGUUCACACUGAUAACAAUGAAGUUCAUGAUACUCCUUUCGACACUGCUGCAGGCAGUGGCAGGUGGUCACGCAACCAGCUUUGGAAACAAAGCAACGGACAACUUGCCAGUGGUGCUGCCCAUGUCAAAGCAGCUACCUCAACUGCUGUCAACGCUGAUUACGACAGCGGCAAUAUGCGUUCGAGACGUGGCGAGAGUCGCAUACGGCGCUGGAGUAUAAGAAGCAGUAGUGUGUCGGGAGGUGAACACAGGCGACUCGAAGGAAAUUCCCCAAUGAGCCAGCGACAAUUGGGUAAAAGUGUUGUGGACACAAAUCAAUUGGCGCUGUCAAGCAAUCAAUCGAAAUGGAAAGAAAGCGAACAAGAAAUGCAAAGUUACUACAGCAACAGUUACAGCAAUAAAAAUAGCAAAAUUAACAAUGUUGAAUGGUUAGAAAGCAAUGUAAGUCAAAAAACAAAAGACUAUAACGAGCACUAUGGGACUAACUUUGGAAACUGGCAUGGCAGCAAUGGUGGUGAAGCGGAAGAAGAAGAAAUAGAUAGAGGAUUUGACUUGGACUUCGUUGAUGAUUUUACAGUGGCUUCUUCUGAACCUGAGGAAGAGGAGGAUGAUUUGUGGCAUGCGAAGUAUGAGCACAGUGCAGGAAAUCAAACCGCCAACUCAUAUACCACGUCACGAACCGCUGCAACACCUUUAAGUGCACACAGCGAUUGGUGGCAGCGACGGGAUCAGUCAGACUUGGGUGAAACAAAACGCGCCAAUUCAGUAGCAAUGAUUGCGAAUAUAACACCAACCACUGAGAAUCGAACAAAUGUCAGAUAUAGCUGGACACCAAAGGAGUUGCAGGAUAGUCCCGCAGCCGAGUAUGUGUCUGGUAAAGUGAGAUGCAAUUCAGUAGUUGCUGACAAUGACUGGACACGAAUCGAUGACGAUGGCAGUUGGACCAACCAGAAGGUGCCUUCUGGGAAAGAAGAGGUCAUCGGGCCAACGGCUGAUUUCAAUGAAAGUUAUGAGGCUGCAGCAUGCAAUGUCCUGUGGCAGUCACAUAAGUUGUCACAAAGCGACGUUGGAAAAAUAGCAACAUCAGAUUCACCACAACGGCUGUUAAAGCCGGAAUUGCAGUCUGCACAACGGCGGGGGCAAACUCCUACCUAUAAUGCUAGCCACAUUUCAGCGCUUUUCAAAACACCGCUUGUGAAACGAAAGCGUGGGCAAAGCGUGGACCGUUUGGGUGUAGGUGUGCAUACCACAAACGAACGUUGGAUGUCUGAAAAGGACAUAAACAUGAAAAUUGCUAACGGUUUGGGAAGAGUUGUGAAUGCGACAGCUAAACCACGAGUAUCGGUCGCAACAGCAGAUGAACCGACGCAAAGCAACAAUAAUAGCUGUACAAAUAAUUUUACUGCGCUUGACGAAUUGCGGUGGCAGCAAAAGCCACAGCAGCUGCAUAAUUCGGUGUACAAUGUGCAACAACAGAAUUGGAGUGGGAGUGGCUGCAAUGAAUAUGAAGUUGGUUCAGGCGAAAUGCAGCAUCUAAGCUCUGCAACUGCAAAAUCUUUGCAAAAUACAAACUUAGCUACUUGCAAUAGCAACAGAAAUAACAACCUUGCGAAAUUCGGUUAUACAUCGACAGAUUGGAGGGCAUCGCAAGCUUCGCUAGCUGAGCGUUUAACAAAAUUUCGACACAAGCAACAGCAACAAGGGCGACGACAGUCCAAAUCGGCCGAGGACGAAUUAUCGACGCCAGAAGGGUAUUACCAACAUUAUAGCAGUACAAGCGAUUGCCACAGCAACAACAAUCAGCUUUACAACUGCAACCAUAAUUCUAGUAGUGCCAAUAGGCCUUCGGCAGUCAGGCACGCUGAAUUAACAACCACUGCGGAAAUAUACACUCCAGCAGCGCAUCAGAGUCCAUCACUCUUUGUAGCUAAACUUGCUAAUAGCAACAAUAACAACUACAACACAGAACUACAUCAUAGUAAGUCAAGUCAACAAAGUGCAGACGUUGCAACAUUCGACGCAACUGAGGCAACAUCUUCUCCGGCAGAUUGUUAUACCAAAUCGGUCCGACAACGGCGUAUAUUAGUGCGCAGGCGCAAUAAUAACAAAAGCGGCCAAGCGAAUUCCACAGUAACUGUGACAGAAAAGCCAUCUGGGAUUACAUCAACCACCGUUGGCACUGAAGGACAAAAGGCAACCCAACAAUUUUGGUAUCUUUCACUGUUACACGGAAUUGGCCUAACCAGAUUUGGCGAUUAUGUUGCCGUGCAGUUAGGCGCAUGCGAUAGCAAUACUAAGAAGCCAGCCAACGCUAGGUUGCAUACACGUAGGCGUUCAACGUCACCCACUACAAUUUCCGUCGAGAACAUUCCAAAACGACGACGAGUCGACGUAAUGGCAUUGCUGCGCAGCAUGAAGCUGAAAGAUCGCCUCGCAAUUAGUUUGGGAGCAACACUGAUACUGCUGACACUGCUGUUGGUGGUUGAUGUGCAGAUGGAUUUCGGUGUGACGAAUCGGCAUUUAUUACAGCAGCAGUCACGUGUCCGUUAUGCAAAUGAAAAUGAUGGUGCUGGCGGCACAGGAGCUUUUAGAGAUUUUAAGCGAAAAUUUCUGCAAAAGAGCAAUUCAUCCGGUUCGAAGGAGACAGCUACGCCGACAACUACACAAACUCGAACCGGUGGAAGUGCGGCAGGUGGCAGUUCUGCUGGUGGUAAUGCAGGUGCAGCAGCAGCAGCAGCAGCUGGUUCCAGUGGAGUGCAGCAAGAUGCUGCAGCGAAGGAGGAUCUGAUAGCAAUUAGGAAACUGGAGAAAGAGCCGCAUGAUCCCUUUAGUGAUUUAGUACGGCUGGUGACCGGGCUUGACAAGACUGACUACUCACAUGUGUUGGUCGAUGAUGACGGGACAGUGCUAACGGAUAAUCCAACAUUCUCGGAAGUGACUGGUCAAAAACCGAGCAAAAAUGCAACAAAUCUGGAACGAUUUCAAUGGCACAUCUCUAAGCGUGAGCUGUACAAGGAGAAUGACACCACUGUGGAUGCAUUGCUACGUGAUAUGAUCAAGCUGCCGGUGCAGCAUGUUGUACAAAAAGAGGGCGGCACACAAUUGAAAUUGAUCAUCGAAUUCCCCAACGAUAUCAAGGCGCUGAUGAAACCAAUGAGAUUUCCGCGCGAACAACAAACGUUGCCAAAUCAUUUCUAUUUUACAGAUUAUGAAAGACAUAAUGCCGAAAUUGCUGCGUUUCAUUUAGACCGCAUUUUGGGUUUCCGCCGCGCUAUGCCCGUCGCCGGUCGCAUACUAAAUAUUACAACAGAAAUUUAUCAAGUCGCCGACGACAAUUUAUUAAGAACCUUCUUUGUUUCACCAUCAUCGAAUUUGUGCUUCCACGGCAAGUGUUCCUAUUACUGUGACACCAGCCAUGCCGUCUGCGGUAACCCGGAUAUGUUGGAGGGCUCAUUUGCUGCUUUCCUGCCCAGUUACGAGCAAACAGGGCGAAAGGUUUGGCGGCAUCCUUGGCGCCGUUCAUAUCAUAAACGCAGGAAGGCUCAAUGGGAAACUGAUUCUAAUUACUGCUCUAUUGUACGUGAAAUACCACCAUAUGACGAGGGUAGACGUCUGCUGGACUUAAUGGAUAUGGCUGUUUUUGACUUUCUUACUGGAAACAUGGACCGACAUCAUUAUGAAACUUUCAAAAUAUUCGGCAAUGACACAUUUACGCUGCAUCUUGAUCAUGGCCGCGGCUUUGGCAAAGCUUUCCAUGAUGAAUUAACAAUUUUGGCGCCACUGCUGCAGUGUUGCAUGAUACGCACAUCGACACUUACGAGGAUAUUGGAAUUUCACAAUGGUCCCAAGCCGCUGUCGCAGCUAUUGCGCGAUUCUAUGUCCGUCGAUCCGGUGCGGCCUGUGCUCUGGGAACCGCAUUUAGCGGCUCUCGAUCGGCGGAUUACCAUCAUUUUGAAUGGCGUGCGAGAUUGCAUUAAGAAAAAUCCACCAGAGGAGGGCUUAGAUUCAGAGGAUUUCCUGUCAUAGCAACUAAAGCAACAACAAAAACGGAUAAAGAUAAGCAAUGGCAAAUUUCAAUUCAUGGUGCGGCCGAAGAACCGCCAAACGAGAAUGACAGUUUAGCAUUAUAAACUAGGAUACUUAAUGUUGUAG